GUGUGUGUGUUGUGUCAUAUGAACAGUGUUUGACUAUGCUUUCUCCCAGGUUGUCUGACAGAUGUCGUGUUGGAGAAUUCAGAGGAAGAGUGAAGAGAGAGAAGGCUCUGGAACCUCUGGAGCUGAAAGACUUCCCAGAACCCCCUCCACCCGUGACCAACGAGGAGAGCCCUGACAUCAGAUCCACCGCUGCCCCCUACGACCCCCUCCCUGUAACUUCUGCCCCCUGCCCUGCCUACCACAGACCCACAUCCAUCUCUUACCAGCCCCUGGAAACUGACCUCCCUCCCCCAGAUGAGUCCUACACCGAGCCCCAGACCUCAAUGCCCCAGCUUUAUACCCAGCUCCAGUCUGGUACCAGGAGGAAGGGUCCGAUCCCCCCACCCAGACAAGACCAUUCAAGACAUUCACAGAACACCCACUCCCAGGAGUCUCUGUCUGGCUCUCAGGGCGGAGCUUCCGCCUCCCACGCCCCGGUCUCCUCCCACUUUGCCUCUGGUCCCACCCACUCCCCAAGGGGGGAUUCUGAGCAGAGCAGAGGAUUGGUGGAGAGGGAGCAGGAGGCGGUACSCCAGGUAGUGCCAUCCAAUCCCGGUUCAGCCCUUCCUGCCCUGCCCAGUAUGGAGUGCUAUCGUUCUCCCUCUCCUCAGUUUGCUCCUCCUCAGCUGACAGACAAGCCUCCUGUCUCUCUCCAGCAGCACCAUGACAACCCUGUCUCUCUCUCUGUCUGUCUGCACUAUGACCAAAACAACAGGAUGGAGAAUGUGAUGGAGCCAACCAGUGUGAGGAAGGUUCCUAUAAAGAUUGUUCACUCAGAGAGCGAGAAGGAGAAGGAGAGUCGACAGUACCUGCUGCGUCACAGUCACUCCACAGUGGAAGAAGCCCAGGGGCCCGGYCUGGUCCCCCUCAGCAGCCUGGGGACCUCAGGGGCCCCGGAACAGUCCUACUCUCUGUUCUGUGCCUACAGCCGGCAGAGGGACCAGGGGCCAGAGAUAGAGAAGACACUGGCUCCACCCAGCUAUCCAGCCCCAGAACUGCCUACAUCCCCACCCCUUUACCAAACCCCAACCCAUGAGAUGGACCUGGAGCAACACAGAGACACACACAUGGGUCCUCUCAGGGUCCACAACAGCCAAAUGGCAGUCCUGGCCACAUCCCCACCCAGCCGGCAGACCACCUCGGACCCAGACCCCCCCAGCGGUAACUGUGUGUUCCCUCCCGUCCCUCUCCCCCACUCUGAGGAGGAUGUGAAGAGAGAGCAGCUGGCCAGAGACAUCAUGAAUAAGGACCGGUCCCUAGCUGACAUCUUGGACAAGAGCUGGAGGAGGACCACCAUGGACCUGAUGGAGGGACUCUUUCCCCAGGGAGAAGUGCUGCUGGAGGGGAAGGAGAGGAGGAAUGUGUCCCCCAAACACUCCUCACCACGGUCUUCAGAGGACAG